AGAAGAAAAGAGUUCGCGUCCUCGCGACACACGCACACAUCAUACGUAUCGAUAAGCUGGUCCGUCGGGAAAGGCGAAACGUAUUGCACCUCGGAGUCGUUCAUCCCACACGUGAUUAGCACAGUGCAGUUGGUGAUGGACGACUUCGACACUGACGGUGCGCAGCACCUGGAGAACGGCCAUGAGUCCAACGCGGCGUUGCUGCAGCUCCAAGACGCCUUUGUGAGUGCGUUGACCUCCUCCGGCGCGCUGGGCAAAAUACGCGCUCAGCUUCGCGCGACGGCAUUAUCGCUUCUUCGGGGCGACGACGACCUGCAGCGUGCCGCGGUGGGCGAUGUACUGAAGCCCGCCUCGCUGUCCGCAGCGUCAAAAAUAAGUCUCCUUCUCCUUUACGACUUCCUGCAGUUUCACCACCUGCGCGAGACAGCUGGUGUGCUGGAGGUGGAAGGAAGCGUGCACCUGCUAUCCGGCGAGCAAGACACCCUGCUUGGCGGCCUCAGAACACUGCCCGGUGAAGGGCCGUUGUUGGAACGCCUCGUCGAGUCGUGUGAGAAGGGCCACGUACCUCCAUUCCUAGAGAAAGGCUCCCUUUCCGGUGGUGUUGUUCCAGACGCCCGCUCUCGGUUAACUGAGCCGAACAUCGAGUCCCCGUCCCUGGCCUCCAGCUCGAUCUCCACAGCGUUCAAGAAAACAACAACCACCACGGUAGCCCUGCCAGAGAACGAAGACGUGCUUCGUGAGUAUCAAGCAUACGAACCGUCGAUUACGUUCUCCGAUGUAGACGGUGUCCUAGAAGAUGAGCGGCAAUGCGACGAAGCGGAAGAUGUUUAA